CAAUUUUGCGCUGGUUUUUUGACGAAAAGAGGAUGAGUUUCCAGCAUUUCAGGCUGGGCCAGCUGGCCAUGUCCCAGCCUUUGCCUCCACAUUUGCAGCAGAACACGGCUUUCUCACAAAACAUCCAGUCGGCCUCCACCCAGACGACCGCCCCGUCCAUCACCAAACAGUCCUCCACCCGCCCGCCCUAUGGCUCAGGCGACACCGACGACGGCUACACCCUCGUCUUCCAAGACCUCGCCGCCUUCCAGGAGUGGCGAACUCGCGAGGAGGAAACACAGAUGGUCGAGUUUGUAAAGGGAGACACGCAUGGCAGCAAAGCUAUCCCUCCUCGCUUCAAGGACCACACCAAACUCGUUUGUGCUCGUCACUCCCGCAGCGGCCGCAAAAAGUACGUCAAGAAGCAUCCGGAACGCGUCAGAAAGGUCCCCAGCAGAAAACUGGAGGGACAGGGGUGUCAGGCGUCCAUCAGCUACAAGACAUACUACGACACCGAGGAGGUCCGAGUGUGCUACGUAUCUGAACACUCGCACCCUAUCGGACCCGCUAAUCUCCAGUUUACCCGUAGGGGCAGACGAGCUGCUGUCGAGGCUGAAAAGGCCAGAAAUAAGCGUCAGACUGCACCCUCAGCUGGAACAGAUUCAACUCCAUCCACGAGCGCCGCGCCUGUUUCCGCCCCCGGGCCUCCUUCGCAACAGCCACCCAUGCCCGGCUUCCCUGCAGCGACCCCCCUACCCAACCUACCGCAUCCUUUUCCACACUACGCUGCGCCAGGCGUCACACCGUCCUACCCCCCGCUAUCCGUGAUAGCAACCGGCCCACAGGCGCACACGGUACAAGAACAGUGGGACCGCAUGAGUGUGCUUUUCAGUGCCAUCCGCGAACACGCCCGAACAUACGAUUACCCUGUCGCGAGCGCCGUCGCCCUUGAGAGCGUGCUCAUUCGUCUGUACCUUGAGAGUCCGGUAGGUGUCGUAGGGGGUGGUGUUGGGCUCGCUGCCGGCAUGCAUGGACCCUGUCCGGUCCCACAGCAGCCGACGCAGACGCAGCAGCCCCAUGUCCAAGAUUCGCACUCUCAGACUACCAUGGUUGGCACCCCGAGUACAGGGGAGCAACAACCGAGUGCCGAAAUUGAGACCGGCAUAGAAACCGGUUGAAUCGCACCUUUCGCCUUCUUUCCGACCUAUGCAUCAUUAUGAUAUGGACUGAGAAACUAUUGGGUGUCGAAUUUCUUGCCGUCUCACUUCUCCACCUCUUUGGCCAGUCCCAU